CAUCCAUGACUCCAGCGAGUGUCUGCAGGUUCUCCAUGGCGAGCAGAGGCAGCUUCACUGGCUCGGAGUUUUCGGAAGAAGAGCCAGACGGGAGUCUUCAAGAGUCCGAGUUGGACAGCAGCGAUGGCUUAAGAGGGCUAAAUGAGCCGGAGGAAAGACUGAUUAAAAAGCGCAGUCGGCCAGUGCGAUCUAAAGCCCGCAGAGUAGCGGCGAACGUCAGAGAACGAAAACGAAUCUUGGAUUACAAUCAAGCCUUCAAUGCUCUCCGGGUGGCUCUGCAUCACGACUUAAGUGGAAAACGGCUAUCGAAGAUCGCCACGCUCCAGAGAGCCAUCAAUCGCAUCUCAGCGUUAUCGGUUUUCCUUACGAACAACCCUCCUGUUGGUGUGGCCAAGCCUUGUGGUCAUCUGGAGUGUCAGCCUGGUGGAUUGUGGGCCGAGGCGGAACCAUCAAUGCAGAACUUUCUAACUUGGCAUCAGCCGCUCAAUCAACAUCUACAAACCCCAAUACACAGACUGUCCUCAGAGCAACACGUUUUUACAGGUCCCACUUGUCCGCCGUCCCCUCACUAUCCAUGUUUUUCACCUGACACCCAGCUUUACCCUGCUGCUAGUGUGCCGAGUCCUCCGAGGUAUGGACGGAUUGGUGAUGUUGGGGCGUACCAGCAGGGAGUUUGGGGGGGUAAUCAUGCUGAUGGUUAUGGGGAAUCACUUCAGACGCUCCCUUUGCCUUGGCAUAUGGGAUACUUGCAGGACGCUGGGCUUCAGCAUUGCUCAAACACACUGUGAUGCACACAAUGCAAGACUGUCAGAGACUAUUGUGAACAGAUGUGGCUUUGGAAACACUGUAAAUAUGUUGAAUGUAAUAACUGUUAGAAACUUUGCAUUCUGUUUGCGAACGCAUUGCUUGAAAACAAAGACAGAGGAGGUUGUAUUA